AUGCGCGUCGACAAUUACGCCUUCGACGCCUCUGGGAAGGUCGUCGUCGUGACGGGUGGUAAUCGAGGAAUCGGAGCCGGCAUCGUCGACGCCUUCGUCGCCAAACAUCGCGCGCGUCGCGUGUACGUCGUCUCUCGGUCGACCGAGGUUGGAGACAUAUCGACGCGUUACGGCGCCGCACCGGGCUCGGUGAUAGGCAUCGCGUGCGAUUUAUCGGAGCAACGCGGGGUUGACGUCGUGAAAUCAGCGAUCGAUGCUCGAGGGGACGGCGUGCACGUUCUGGUGUGUAACAGCGGCGCGAGCUGGGGCGCGGAGUUAGAGACGCACGACGAAGCGGCGUGGAUGAAAACACAUAAACUGAACGUCGUGGGCACGUUUCUGCUCGUCAGAGCGCUUCUUCCUAUGCUUGAACGCGCAUCAUCGCGAACCGAUCCCGCGAGAGUGAUCGUGAUCGGUUCCAUCGCCGGCGUUGCGCCUCAAAGGUAUCCAACAUUUAGUUACGACGCGAGCAAGGCUGCUCUGCACCAUCUCGCUCGCAAACUCGCCGACGAGCUCGCGGCUAGGCGCAAAUUAGCGAUCACGGUGAACGUCGUCGCACCGGGGUACGUGCCGACGAAGAUGAGCAAGGGCUUGGAAAAGUGGGACGGCGAGUCUGGCGACGACAUCGUCGCUCGCGGCGUCCCGUUGGCGCGCGCGGGCAGUCCCGACGACGUCGCCGGCGCCGUCGCGUUUUUAGCGUCUUCCGCGUCGAGUUGGAUCACGGGCGUCGUUCUUCCCGUCGAUGGUGGGUUCUUAGCCAAGCUCUGA